AUUCCCAUAUCUCAACACAAAUCACUACCUUUACCCUUCUUCCAGGCCGUCAUUACUCUGGGCAUUUUAUGCUCAAUCCUGGCUUGCAAUGCAAAAUCAACUCAGCUUAGUCUCGGGCUCAGGAAUGGGGGGGGCACGGGGAAAUUUUCGAAGCCAAAGCACUUAAUGGCCCUCUCACUACAUACUCCCAAAUGAAUAUGAUAUUUCGUGCUUGUAGAGCUAACUCAGAGUGAAUUGCACAGGGAUAUAAUGCCCACCUACCAAGAGGUUCAAAGGCCUGCUGAGAAUACAACACUCUCACGGUCACAGGAAGUUUUUGACAAGCCCGAACACAACCCCUUCAACAUCUGCGUUCCCAGCAACCCCCAAUCGCUCGUUCGUACGAACAAAUACCAACAGCAAGCACCGAGCGCGGUACUCCCAUCCGACCCCGCUCUCCGGAAUUCUCAGACGAUAAAACGCCCUGUUUCAGGCGAAAAAAAUUAAAAAAAAGUAGCGAAACGAACGAAGGAACUACAUCACCCAUCAGUCCCCCUCACUAUUCCACUUCGUUAUAACUAGACGCAGGAAAAAAAUUCUGCAGUGCAACCGCACCACCGCUCACAAGAAAUCACUCGACUCUUUCUCCACCGAAUUAACGCAACCCCUCCCGAACCCCUCACUCAGAAAAAGCCGCUUCGAAUUCCCCACACCCUCACCCAAAAGUGUUCGGAACAUGCGCCAACACUCAAAACUCCACCUUCCUCUUCCAAAACCCCCCUCGGAAGACCACGAGCCCCGGCAAGGCUCCGAGGAAGAAAAAAAAAACAGGUGGAUUCAAAACCCUGCAAUUGGCCUGCCACCGACGCAGUCGCCGUCCCCAAUGUCCCGCCCGCGAGCGCAAGGGCCCAUAUUCCACCCGAUAACCCAACAGCGCCCGACAUACAUCACGCCAGUCAUCGAGGAGAGAGAGGGCGGGGAAGAUGGCUGA